AUGGGUUAUUUCAAAUUAAAGAGACAACAUGCACCUGAUCCUAUAGGUGUUGAAAAUUAUAAGAGAAGGCGAUUAUUACAAGAUUUUGCUAGUUUAAGUAUAUCAUCUUCCGAGAACUCGUCAAAGUCAAAUAAGAUAAUCACGCCAAAUGUUACUAAAAUAUUCUCUGGAGAUAUAUUAGUACCAGAUACUGUAAAGAAUAAAUUAUUAAAAUUCUCACGAAGUAAAAAAUCAACAAAAUCAAGCGCUGAAGCAAUAUAUGAUCGAAUAUUACAAUGGAUCAAAGAAGAUGCGUCACAAGUUAUUAAAUGGAAAGAUUGGAAUCAUGAAAUAUUUGUUAUGUGGUAUACUUGGUAUCGUAAUCUAUGGUAUAGUAACAAUAACAAUAACUAUAUGGAUAUGGAUAUGGAUGUUGAUUCUCAACAACAAAUGAUAACAACAAAUAAUUUCCAAGUGAUGAAUAAUGAAAUAGAUGAGAGUAUGGAUAUAGAUAUGGAUUCAUAA